AUGAAAGGCGUUCCUCCAGACAGAUUACCAGCUGAAGGCUUGUUGUCCCGAGAUAAAGAUGCCGUAACUUGUUGUCAAGAAGAGUGUAUUAACAGACUUGGAAAAACUUUACAAAUAGAACAGGAAAAUUAUUUGUUGCGGCACCCUGAGGUAACAGCAAUGCUUGAAAUAUUUAUUAGCAACAUGGUGGAGAAAAAUAAGAGAAAGGGCAUUUUAAAAGAGGCAGCAGAAUAUUUUACCAGAUCGACUGAAGAAAUCGAACAAGAAAUAAAUGAACGACUUUAUUUGUCCCGGAGUCCGAAAGAACAGGCCACAAAUAAUUUUGAGGGCUACUCCAAUACACCUUUAUACACGGAUAAAGAGUUAAAAGAUGAUAUAAGAGCGCUUAUAAAUAUUCACUACCAAACUGAACCUCCGAGAUAUCCUUCUCCGUCUGCCUCAACAAUUAAUACGGAGUCAUCAUCAUUUUUGUCCAUUAGAACAUCAGAAACUACAUUGUCUACACCAGAACCUGUACCAACUCCAGUGCCAACUGUGUCCGAAACCCUAUUUAGUUUGGUAUCUAACACUGUCGAUAAGGCAAUAUUUCUUCGAUAUGAUGAUAGUGACUUGAACUAUGACACAGCUUAUAUCGAAUUAAGGAAAGCUGUCGAACGAGCCAUGGACAUUCCUGUAACUGAUGUUAAGAAAGAUAUUGCAGAUCUAUUUAAAGAAGCUUACGAAUUGUUCGAGUUUAAAAUAAUGGAAAAGGAGCGAAUUCGUAAUUACAUAAUA